AUGGCGAGUCUGUCAUCAUUAUUUCGCCCAAUAACAACAACAACAACAAAUCUGGAAAUUAAUUGAUCAGAAUUUUGGUCAAGAAACUUCGAAAGAAGAAGAAAAAUAUGGCUCUGAAAUUAUUAGUUGGCCAAAAGAUUAUGAACGAUGUUGUUCGUGUUAGCCAUAAGAAAGGUGAAUGGAAAGUAUUGAUUGUUGAUCAAUUGGGUAUGCGUAUGAUAUCAUCUUGUUGUAAAAUGCAUGAAAUUGCAACCGAAGGUAUUACUAUUGUUGAAGAUAUUGGUAAAAAACGCGAACCAUUACCAAAUAUGGAAGCAAUAUAUCUUAUUUCACCGAUGGAUAGGUCCAUUCGAUUAUUGCAACAAGAUUUUCUUAGUACACGUUGUGCACUUUAUCGUGCUGCACAUGUAUUUUUUACCGAAACAUGUCCGGAUGAUUUAUUCAACGAAUUAUCGAAAAGUCCAUGUGCAAAACAUAUAAAAUCAUUGAAAGAAGUGAAUAUUGCUUUCCUACCAUAUGAAUCACAAGUAUAUUCAUUGGAUUCGGCCGAAGCAUUCUCCAUGUUUUUCAGCCCAAACAAAGCUGCGGUUCGUUCACAAGCCCAAGAAAGAUUGGCCGAACAAUUGGCUACAUUAUGUGCAACAUUGGGCGAAUAUCCUAGCAUCCGGUUUCGUACCGGUUUCGAUCGAAACAAUGAAUUUGCACAUGCUGUACAUCAAAAAUUGAUUGCCUAUAAAGCGGAUGAACCUACCAUGGGUGAAGGACCGGAAAAAGCACGUUCGCAAUUAUUGAUUUUGGAUCGUGGUUUCGAUUGUGUAUCCCCAUUAUUGCAUGAACUGACAUUCCAGGCAAUGGCAUAUGAUUUAUUGAGCAUUGAAAAUGAUGUCUAUAAAUUUGAAAUUCAACAAUCAAAUGAAAUUCGCGAAAAAGAAGUUUUAUUGGAUGAGAAUGAUGAAAUAUGGGCCGAAUUAAGACAUCAACAUAUUGCACUAGUCUCACAAAACGUAACAAAACAAUUGAAAAAAUUUGUUGAAAGUAAACGAAUGAAUACUAAUGAUAAAACUAGUCUGAAAGAUUUGUCACAAAUGAUUAAAAAAAUGCCACAAUAUCAAAAAGAGCUGAGCAAAUAUUCCACACAUUUACAUUUGGCCGAAGAUUGUAUGAAACGAUAUCAAGGUUAUGUGGAUAAAUUAUGUCGGGUGGAACAGGAUCUAGCAAUGGGAACCGAUGCUGAUGGUGAAAAAAUUAAAGAUCCAAUGCGUAAUAUUGUACCAAUAUUGUUGGAUCAGAAUUUUGAAAUUUUCGAUAAAAUUCGUAUUAUUCUUCUUUAUAUUCUUUCCAAAAAUGGUAUUAGUGAAGAGAAUCUAACAAAAUUGAUUCAACAUGCACAGAUUCCAGUAUCGGAUAAAUCAAUUAUUACAAAUAUGAGUCAUCUGGGUGUCAAUAUUGUUACCGAUGGUAGUCGUCGUAAAGUAUGUCAAUAUCCACGAAAAGAACGAAUCACUGAACAAACUUAUCAAAUGUCAAGAUGGACACCGGUUAUCAAAGAUAUUAUGGAGGAUGCAAUCGAAGAUAAAUUGGAUCAAAAACAUUUUCAAUAUUUAUCUGGUCGUGGUGCACCGACUAGUUUUGGUCGUCCAGCACCAACCAGUAUGCGUUAUGGUCAUUGGCAUAAGGAAAAAAAUUCAUUGAAUAUCAAAAAUGUACCACGUUUGAUUGUUUUCAUUUUGGGUGGUUCAACUUAUUCCGAAAUGAGAUGUGCUUAUGAAGUUACUGCAGCUUCGAAAAAUUGGGAAGUUAUUAUCGGUGGCGAUCAUCUUAUGACACCAUCAAGUUUUCUUGAAGAUUUACGUUCACUUAGCAAUUGAAAAACACAUUGUGUGACAUUUGUGUUUUUUCAUUUCAUGGAACAUUGUUUAACCAACAUACAACUACUACUCUCUCUUGAUUGAUAUUUAGUUUCUGUUUGUGUUUUAUUCAUUUUUUGUUUCACAAAACAAAACCACCGCAUAUAACCUUUUCAUUUCAUUUAUUUCGUUGUUGUUUCAAACAUUUUUUCUGUUAGAAGAUUCCAUUCCUUUAUCAUUCAUUCAUUUGAUUAGCAGUUUUUAAUUCCUAAACACAUAAUGGAUUCCU